AGUAACGCCACACCGGUCCGGAAACAAGUAGACUUGGGUGCGAAGGCGAUUGCGGCAAAGGCAAACCGAUCGCCUCUAUCGAUGGCGUCGCCCAUCUGAUUAGGUGGAGUUCAGGGUUCUUGCAAGAGGUUUCUUCCCGAUUCUUCUUCUUCCUCUCAGAUGUCUUUGUACGUGGGUCAUCUUUCUUCCCAUAUUCGACAAGAGGAACUUGAACGAGUUUUCCGAAGGUUUGGGUGGUGCAAUGUACAGCUCAAAGAUGGUUAUGGCUUUGUUGUGUAUCAAGCUCCUCCAGAUGCAGAGAGAGCUCUUAGAUCCUUAAGAGGAAAGCCUAUAUGUGGGGAGCAAAUAACUAUUAAUUGGUCAAACAGACAGCCCAGACCUGUUCAACGAUUAGCGAGGACGACCAGAUUUAAUGAACCCCUUCAACGAAGGAACUUUAGGGAAGAAAAUGAGGAGGUUGGUAUCAGGGGUUCUAAUGCUAGGAGGGGCUUUUAUGCUAGGACAUUCCAUAGCUCGAUGUAUAACCGUGAAAGACAAACUUUGGAUGAUGCACUUGAUAAAAAGAGGGGCCGUACCACUGACGAUAUCACUGACAUUGAAGGGGAUAAAGGUGUAAAUCUAGGAAUGACGAAUGAAGGUGGUAUGAGGGCUCUUGAUCAAGUAGAAAAUGAUCGAUGGGGUGAGCCUAGUAUAGACACAUUGAAUAGCAAUGGAAUUGAUAAUGGAGAUGAGUUUGACCGUUAUGAACCUUACCAUGGGUAUGAUAAAAGGGAUGAGAAUGAAAACGUCCAGAUUGAUAGCCCUAGUUCUAGGGAUAGAGGUAUUUCUCGAGAAAAGAGGCAGAGAGAGAACUCUAUUCAUGGUAACGACAGAAAAAUUGAUAUGUUAAAACCCCAGCAGACUUGUUAUAAAUGUGGUCAAGUUGGUCACAUAAUGCGUACCUGCCCUAAAACAGAUGCUCGAAGAGAGAAAUUUAGCAAAUUUAACAGCAGUAAGGAAGAAGUAAAUGUUAGAGAAAAAGGAAGACGAAUAAAGAGGUUUAGAUCGAAUUCAUGGGGAUCACCUGAUAUCAGUAGAGAUCCAAUGGUAUCAAGGCGUCACAAACGGGAUAGAAAGGAAUAUCAUUCUGUAAAGGCUAGAGGAAUGAGCAGGGAAUGUGAGAGAUCUCCAGAAAGUAGGAAAAGACACAGGCCAAAGCUCAGAAAAGAUUUUCCAUCUAAAAGAAAAAGCAAGCUGGAAAAUGGAGCAUCGAAAAAGGCACUGAAAAAAGGACGGCAUAGGAAAUCUAGUACACCAUCUUCUUCUUCUGCAUCUGAUAGAAGCAGCUCACAGUUGCAUUCUAGGUCGUCCAGAUCUGUUACUGGUUCUAGUUCUCCUUCACACUUGAGAUCUGCAUCUUCUCGGUCUCGCUCAGUUUCUGAUUCAAGUUCCUCUUCCUACUCGAAAUCUGUGAGCUCUAUAUCUAAGUCAAGGUUAAGGUCGAGGUCAAAGUCAAAGUCAAAGUCAAGGUCUCAGUCGAAGUCAAGGUCGAGGUCAAGAUCAAGAUCACUGUCCUUAUCUGUCUCACUGGAGCCGAAGGUAACACCAUCGAAUAACAAGCAAAUAGGGCACUCCACCAAAACCUCCUCAGAUGAGAAUGUGACAAGCCCCACAUCUGAGCAAUUGGAAUGUAACAAAGCUGACGAUGCAUGUACAAUGUUGGAAGAUGGAAACCCAAGCACUUCUUUCAAGGUGGAUAACGAAAUUAGUGGUGAACAUUUUGGGUAUAAUGUAGAUGUCGUGGAGGAUCCCACAAUCAGGACUGAUUAUAAUGAGAAAAAUAUAUGCUCAGAUCAUUCUAAAUAUGAGAGCGACCAACAUGAAGAUCUCCCUCUUAAGCUGAAGAGAUGGACAUCCACCCAACAAGAGGCAAGCAGUUCCACUAGAUUAACAACAGAGGAGAUGUUCUUAGCUCUGAAACACUAUGGAUUGGAAGCUCCAGAAGAGAGCCACAGUAGCAUAACUGUGGAGGAAUACUUUGGUGCUGCUCGAAUGUGGCCAUGGGAAAUGAUCUAUUAUCGGCAGUCGAAAAAGGGUCCUAUUUCUACUGAGAACUACGCAAGGCGGCUUGAACAAAAUAGGCAAUUUGGUAUUGUGGAUAAGUACAUCAGAAGCAGUAGUGGUUGGGGAGAACACAACCGACAACAGGAUACAUGAUUAACACUUUGGUACUGCAGCAAAGUAGGCAACCUCCAGCAUCAUUUUCGUUGAGUGCAAAUGAUCUAUUUGUCCGGUAAGAAAACUCGUUUUGUACCAAAUUUGAUUCAGCAACGUACCUGAACCCCAGCAACUGAUGACGAGAUCCUUUUCUGAAAAAAAAAAAGGAAAAAAGAAAGCAUUUGGAUGAACUUGCAUGUAGCAGAGGAAUCUGCAUCUUGCGUUGCAGUAAUAUGUAUUUUGUUUUCAGAAACAAGUAAAUCGAGGUUGUUUUUUGUUC